AUGUUCUCGUCGUUUCGCCGGUUGUGCCUUUUGGCACUGAGUCUGACUUUUGUAUUUCUGGUGGAGGCUAAAUCGAGUACUGGCGACUCGGUGCUCGUGGUCGUAGAUCCUAAGCGCCAAGACUCAUAUUCGCUGUUCUUCGAUGACUUGAAGGACCGAGGGUACGAUCUUACAUACCGAUCACCCAAAGCCGAGACGCCUCUGGUUAUCGAGGACGAUGUUGCCAACUUUGCCCACGUCAUUGUGUUGUCUGCCGCAAAGAACUAUGGCAAGGACUUGACACCCCAAACCGUCGUCGAGCUGUUGAACCAGAAAACCAACGUCCUCGUCGCGCUCUCACCAAGCCAAACCGCGCUCACCUCCCUCGCGUCCGAAUUCUCACUCAUCCUUCCACCACCCGGGUCGCCGCUCAUCUCCUACUUCCCCAAACGCGACGAGCCACCAACUUUGAUUCCCAUCUCUGUUCCCGCAAAGUCAAGUCCCGUGCUGAGCAAGCCAAUCGCACCAGUGUGGUUCUCUGGUGUCCCUCAGUCGCUCGGGCUCAACCCCUUCAUUGUUCCCAUCCUCAAGGCACCCGCGGAGAGUUUCGCGGGCGAGCUCCCUUCUCAGGGUGGUUCGGCGGAGGCGUUGGUGGAAGCGACGGAGAAGGGCGGUGAGGGUCUUUGGGCGGGCAGCUCACUCGGUGUCGUUACGGGAUUCCAGACGGCUAACGGUGGUCGGAUUACUUGGUUGGGAGGCGCUGAUAUGCUCACGGAUGAGUUGUUCCAGAAGCAACUUCCAGAUGGUUCAAAACCCGGCAACGCUGACUUUGCGCGUGAAGUUACUGCCUGGACUUUCCAAGAGAGCCUUGUCCUUCGAAUUGACAAGGUCGAACACCACCUGGUGAAUGCUACGGAGCCCAAGGAGCAAUACACUAUCAACGACAACAUUGAAUUCGCGGCCUAUAUCUCGAAGUGGAACCCUAAGAAGGGCACUUGGGAUCCUUGCGCCUGCCGAAAGGACAUCCAGCUCGAGUUCACCAUGUUGGACCCCUUCAUCCGCACUGCUCUCCCUCCUGUCCCCGGGCAGCCUGGUAAAUACGCCACGACCUUCCGUGCACCUGACCGUCAUGGUGUCUACAAGUUCAUCGUUGACUAUAAGCGCAAGGGGUGGUCAUUCCUCAAAAGCUCGACGACGGUCCCUGUGGUUCCUCCGCGACAUGAUGGAUACCCUCGAUUCUUGAGUGCUGCAUGGCCGUAUUACAUUGGUGCUAUCAGCACCAGCGUUGCGUUCUUCUUGUUCUCUGCUAUUUGGCUCGCUGGAGAUGCUCGUGAAGCUAAAAAGUCCAAGGGUUCCAAGGCUGAGUAGAUGUUGUCGUGACGGAGCUGUUGUAAUGGAUUAAUACACUUAUUUAUUCUUGA